AGGAUAUAAUACAACCGAUUAUAUUUACCAUACAUCAAAUUGCACUUCAAUUUAACAACAACCCCUAAUUCGAUAGGUCUGUUCCUGAAUUUUCGACUUUAUCUAAUCACAAACCGGGCUGUAGAAUGUUUCUUAGUCAAAUGAGCAGCUUGUUGAGGACCGACAAUAAGCAAAUAUCAAACUUCAUCAAUGGUGAAUUCGUGCCAGGCGAGGAUGGUGUGUACAUGAAUGACUUGAGUCCUACUACAGGUGAGGUGAUCUGCACAUUUCCUGACUCGAACGUAGUGGACACAGAGAAUGCCAUCCGGGCCGCAAAGAGUGCCGGGAUCAUAUGGGCGGCGACCCCUAAGAGAAAGCGCUGCAAGUACCUUGACUGCGUGGCAGAUCUGCUCGAAAAGCGAAGCGAAGACUUCAGCAAAGCCGAGACACUCGACACGGGUACAGUCAUCAGUAGAGCGAACAACAAUAAGGAGUUUGCAAACGAGGUUCUCAACAUCCGGGUGCUUGUUGAUCAUGCACUAAGCAUCAUGGGCGAAUCCACAGCAGAGGGAGGGACACUGUGCUACAGCAUUCGCCAUUCCCUUGGGGUUGUUGCCAUUAUCACCAGCUGGUCCCAGGCACUCCCGUCUAUUCUCAGACACCUUGUUCCCGCAAUGGCCUCUGGGAACUGUGUCGUCAUCAAACCCUCUUGUCUUGCGCCUCUCACUGUACAUCUACUGGCCAAAGUGCUUAAGGAUUCAGGCAUUCCAAAAGGAGUCGUGAAUAUUGUAUACGGUCGAGGCGAAGUCAUCGGUCGAAUACUUGCAAGGCAUCACGAUGUGGCUGCGGUUGCCCUGGUCGGCAGCGAGAGAGCUGCUUUCUCAGUUACCAUGGAGAGCGGCCCACGUGUUAAGCGUGUGUCGUAUGAGCUUGGAAACUGUCAUGCGAUGGUAGUAUACGAUGACGUGGAUCUCGACGAGCUCAUUCCUACCGUCAUCAAGGCCAGUUUUCUGUGUAACGCGGGUCAACACCCACAUGCAGUCAAUCGUAUAUUCGUGCACGGCGCGGUAUUGGAGAUAUUCACCGAGAAACUCGUCAAAGCCAUCAGAAAGAUCAAAAUCGGCAACCCACAAGAGUCCAGUACACAGAUCGGGCCCCUAAUAAGCAAGGAACAAAAACAAACGGUGCUCGCAUUGAUCCAGGGCGCAAUUAACGACGGCGCAAAAGUGAUACACGGAGGGGGUUCCCCUAAGCUGGACAGCAAGCUGGACAGAGGGUUCUUCGUGGAACCAACGGUCCUAGGAGGGUUCAAGAAUUCCAUGGAUAAUCCUAUCAACCAGCUCGAGGUCCAGGGACCUGUGGUGCGUAUUAUCCCGUUUCGUAGUGAAAGUGAAGCUUUGAGUGGCGUAAACGUCACCGCUUACGGCCUCUCAGCCUCGAUCUGGAGUAAAGAUGGUCAACGAGCCCACAGACUUGCUCAGCGGAUACGCGCAGGAUGUGUGUGGAUUAAUAACUGGGGCGUGGUAAGUCCCAGCAUGCCUUGCUGUGGUGCGAGGAUGAGCGGCAAUGGACAGGGCGGAGGACGACUAUUGCUAGAUUUCUAUACACAGAAAACUACCAUAUCAACACAGUUUUAAUAUAGAAAAACAUAAUUCAUAACUAUCUAUAAAAAUAAGGGAAGUGUCAUUAGAAUCGGGGGGGGGAGGGCUGCUAAGUUGAUUUUUUUUUUGGUUUAAAAAAUCCCCCCCCCCCAAAUCUCAAGCGCAUAAAUGGUGACCCUCCCCCAAAAAGGGAAGAAAAAUAAAGGCCCUCCCCAGAAAAAAAAGAUAUAAAAGCGUACAGGUUACUUUAUUAAAAUUAUACUCGGCGUCUAGUCUCUGGGAUGCUCUACGUACGGCACGUUCUUCCAGGCGCACUAGCAAAUUCUAUAACCGUAAGAGCACUCUUUACGGCGCCUUGCUGAACAAACAAUGAAAGACGAUUGGGCCAAAGUAUUGUGUGUUUGAGGGGAAGUGGGGACUGACAUAGGCAUGCCCAUGAACGGGCGGCAGAACUGUUCAAGCCAGGAGAAGUGUUGAUUUUGAGCCAUAUUUCAGGGCUUUAAAUAAUAUUGUGUAUGGGGGUUUGGGGCCAUCCUACCAUAUCAAAAUUUUAAAACUUAAAUAGAAAACAGCAUCAUAAGCUCCUCCCAAACUAUAAUCUUAUUUACAUAUAUUUUUAUACCACCAAUAUGAAAAGUUAGUAGGGUGGGGGAAUUUGACAUGGAUGGAAUUUGUGAAUUCAGUGAUGAAUUAACAAAACCAAAACUGCAAAAGAUGGCCACAUAUUAGGGGACAACGAUAUUCAGUUCCAGCCAAAUGCAAGUCAUAGAGUGCAAAACAAGGUGCAUCGCAUUCAUUUAUCUGUUUUGUAGGAGGUCUGGGGUUUUUCCCAUAAAGUUUUAAAUUUCCAGUCUCAUAGAGGCUCGGAAAAUUGAUCAGAAUAACUGUUAAAAAAAUAAGGCCCUCCCCUUAAUCGUGUAUUAAAAUUUGAGGCCCUCACUCAAAUCUGUAUUUAAAAAAUCGCAACCCUCCCCCCAAGCAUAGCAGCUCUCCUCCCCGUUAAAUAUUGACUUUUCCCUAAGUUAACAAGGAAAGGAGUUAAGUCAGGGGCUCAAAAGUAUGAGCCUCUGGUGAAGUAUUGUAUUGUAUUCAUUAUGCUUUUAUACAAAAUAAGUGUUUUUAAACCUCCCAGGUGUGGAUCUAUAUCUAGAAGGGUGGUUAUUACUUGUUUUGUGCAUUUGGUUUUCUGACUCCUACAGCCACAAAUACCUAAGAGGGCAGUUCUAUGGAUAAAAUCUGCACCAAUCAGGGUGUAUCACAAGAAGGAAAUACUUUUUCAAUUGGGUACUAUUAAAAAAAAAAAAACACAG